CACAGCUAUACAGUUCCAGAGCGGCGGCAGUGCUAACACAGCUCCGGCAGCGCGAGAGAGAAGAGAGCCACCCCUCUACCUGGAGAGGAAGCCAGGGACCGGGGGCAGUCAUGGCAGCGAACAUGUACCGGGUUGGAGAUUAUGUUUAUUUUGAGAACUCGUCCAGUAACCCACUGCUGAUCAGGAGGAUAGAGGAGCUGAACAAGACAGCCAAUGGGAAUGUGGAGGCCAAAGUGGUGUGUUUUUACCGGCGCAGGGACAUCUCCAGCACACUCAUCGCUCUGGCAGACAAACAUGCAAGGGAGCUGGAGGAGGAGAUGGAGAAUCCAGAGAUGCGGGAUCUCCCCGAGAAACAAAAACACCAGCUCAGACACAGAGAGCUCUUCCUUUCUCGCCAGCUGGAGUCUUUACCAGCCACACACAUCAGGGGAAAGUGCUGUGUGACGCUGCUGAACGAGACAGAAGCCCUGAAGUCCUACCUGGACAGAGAGGAUGCCUUCUUCUACUCGCUGGUGUACGACCCUCAGCAGAAGACCCUGCUGGCUGAUAAGGGGGAGAUCCGCGUUGGGAACAAGUACCAGGCCGACAUCACCGACCUCCUGAAGGAAGGUGAGGAUGAUGGCAGGGACCUGGAGAAAAUGGAGGAGAAGAUCUGGGACUCCAACAGCUCACUGACAGAGAAACAGAUUGAUCAGUUUUUAGUAGUAGCACGGUCAGUAGGUACCUUUGCCAGAGCUUUGGACUGCAGUAGCUCUGUCCGACAGCCCAGCCUACAUAUGAGUGCUGCUGCAGCCUCCAGGGACAUCACCUUGUUUCAUGCCAUGGACACCCUCCAUGCUACAGGCUACGACAUGACUCGAGCCAUCGCAGCACUGGUUCCUCAGGGUGGACCCGUCCUCUGCAGGGAUGAAAUGGAGGAGUGGAGCGCCUCGGAGGCCAACCUCUUUGAGGAGGCGCUCGAGAAAUACGGCAAAGACUUUACCGACAUCCAGCAGGAUUUUUUGCCCUGGAAAUCCCUGACGAGUAUUAUUGAGUAUUACUACAUGUGGAAGACCACAGAUAGAUAUGUACAGCAGAAACGAUUAAAAGCAGCCGAGGCAGAAAGCAAGUUGAAGCAGGUCUACAUCCCCAACUAUAACAAGCCAAACCCUAACCAGCUGAGUAACAAUGUAAAGCCAGCUCUGGUAAAUGGAGCAGCGGGUACAGCGGGUACAGUGGGUACAGCGGGUACAGCGGUCCCAGGACCUCCAGGCUCAGUGCCGACCCCAGGCUUGGGUAGAGCCUGUGAAAGCUGCUACACCAGCAGCUCCUACCAGUGGUACUCGUGGGGACCUCCCAACAUGCAGUGUCGCCUGUGCGCUUCAUGCUGGACCUACUGGAAGAAAUACGGAGGGCUGAAGAUGCCCACGAGGUUGGAUGGCGAGAGGCCCGGACCCAACCGUAACAACAUGAGCCCCCAUGGCCUGCCCCUUCGCCACAGCGGCAGCCCCAAGUUUGCUGUAAAGACCCGGCAGGCUUUUUACCUGCAGACCACCAGCCUAACACGGAUGGCACGUCGCAUCUGCCAGGACAUCAUCAGACCUCGAUAUAUGGCCAGGCACCCCUACCUCCCAGUCAACACAGCAGCCAUCAAAGCAGAAUGUGCUCUGCGGUUACCAGACAGGCCAAAAAAGCCUUUGCCACUGAAACCCGUGGAACGUAAACCUCUGGAGUCUGUUGUUCGGUAUUUAGAAGCACAUCCCCGUCCAUCCAAGCCCAAUCCACCGACUCGCGGAGGGUCAAUCUCUACAGGCAGUCUGACCCCUAUAAAGUCCUCUCCCAUCCUCAACAACGGCUCUCCCACCAUCCUGGGCAAGCGUACCUAUGAGCAGCACAAUGGACUGGAUGGUGCCAAAUCCAAAGUAUUGGCUCCACAGUGGGACAUUAUGGCCAAACGAGUGAGUGAAGCGGUGCGGCCCUCAUCGUCCCUCCAGGACGAGAUACAUGAACUGGACUGAGCGCUCUGCAGGACAACCUUCACUGCGAACCUCAGUGAGCAGCGGGGGAUAUGAAUUGGAUGAGGCUUUUCCCACUAUAACCAUAGCCGAGGGCAGCUGAAAGGAGACGACAGCAUUGGCCACUUUUCUUCAAUCAGUAUGAGUCUAUCAGACUUCUGAAGACUAAUCGAUCAGUUUGGCUGUGGUCAAUCAGAAAAUGAGCCUGACUGUACAGGACUGUGUUUAUUACUUACAUUUCUCGUUAUUACUGUCUUUGUAAUUAUUGUUAUUGUUAUUUUAAUUUUUUUCUGUUUUUUUUUUUUGUUGUUGUUUUGUUUUUUUACCAGUUAUAACUCAGCUUAUUUGUUUGUCGAUCAAACGUUGAAACUUGAAGUUUCAAGAAAAAUGCUUGCAAAAAACCCUGUGGAAAAGGGUGGAAGGAACGUAACAAAAGCCACUUGCAUCUUCUGUGUUUUUCUUUUUCUCAAGUUUAAAAAGAAAAAAAAAAAAGAAAAAAAAAGAGAGAGACGCACUUUGAUUUCAGUGACACGAGUUCAAAAUGUCUUUUGUUUUACUGAAUUUGAAUGCUUUCUAGGAAAUUUUCUGUUGUGUGAGCCGGCCCUGCUCUUCGCCCAGAGAGGUUUAACUUAUUGAGAAAGACUUGGUGUUUUUUCUACCUUUUUCAUAAGUAAUGCAUCUAUGCUUCUAAAAUGUAAUUAAAAAAGGAAAAAAAAGAGGUAAUUGAUUUUUUUUCCCUCUUCCUUUGGUGUCUGUGCACAGAGGUGAAAGUUGCACUGAAUGUUCUGUUUUCAAGCUGGUGUUUACCUGUCUUUCUUACUCCUGCAGGUAUGCAAACAGGGUAUAUGCAAAAAAUAAUGGAGAACUUUUCAUUCCUAAUUGCUUUAUAUGUUAUAUGAUUAGUAUUAGAAAAGAUUUCAUGCACAACCAGAAACAUGUUUUGUAAGCAAACAUCUGAAAACUAAAAAAAAAGAAAAAAAAAAGCAGGAGUGUGCUCUGCUUUCAUGUCCUGUCCUUUGUGUGUUUAUUGUAUGUUCGCUAGCAGCUUUGCAGAUUACAUCUCUUCUCCUGCAAACAUCUUUCACUUUGGGGUGACAUCCUAUGCUCAGUAGACGCCUGACAACCUGUGCUGGCUUUUUAGCCUCAUAUCAGAACAUAUCUGAGCCUUAAAGUCUCUAAUCAAGUGGCUGGGUAAAGCUGGUGGUUUUGCUGACCAAUUUAGUGAAUUUGCAUCAUUGUCUUUAGGUGAUGGUGGACUGAACUCACUCUGAAGUAACGAUGCUAACACUGAAACGCUUUAGAAAAUUGGACACAGCACAUGUACAGUUUACAGUACUUGUAGUGCAGCAGAUAACUGAAACAAUCUUUGAAAAGUGAAUAAAAGCAGCAGAAUUUGCAGGUUUGUCCA